AUGCCGUCAACUGAGCUCACUACCAAGGUGACCUCUGGUUCGCCUUACCAGCUUGAUAAGAACCAGGUCACCAGAGCUUCGUCUGCACUUUUGCGACACAUCAAAUCGAAGCAGGAAGAAAAGGAAAAGAAUGCGACCAAGAAGACGCUGAUUGGAGACAAUGACGAGGAUGAAGAGGACGCACCGCUUCACAAUGAAGCCGUUUGGCUCGUUCUUACGACCAAGAAGCACGUCGUGGACAAGAACCGUUUGAAACCCGGAAAAAUCAGCAUCCCUCACUCCCUCAAUUCCUCUCCCUCUCUCAGCAUUUGUCUCAUUACCGCGGAUCCGCAGCGCGCUGUCAAGAACAUCGUCACCGACCCGUCCUUCCCUCAAGAUCUUACCUCCCGCAUCGACCGGGUGAUUGGCUUCUCGAAAUUGAAGGCUAGGUACCAGAGCUUCGAGAGCCGGCGACAACUGCUCUCUGAGCACGAUGUCUUCUUGGCCGAUGACCGUAUCAUCAUGCGCUUGGUAAACACCCUUGGGAAGAUUUUCUACAAGUCCAGCAAGCGGCCCAUUCCGGUCCGUAUUGCGGAGAUCGAGAAGGUGGAUGGCAAGAAGGUCAAGAAAGAUCCGAAGCAGAAGAACAACAACUCAGAUGAGAAGUCUAGCGCCUUUGCGUCGCCAUUGAUCGUCGCCAAGGAGAUCGAGAAGACCUUGAGCUGUGCUUCCGUGCAGCUCGCCCCUGCCACUACAGCUUCUAUUCGCAUCGGAUCGUCCAAAUUUACCUCAGAGCAAUUGGCGCAAAAUGUGGAAGCCGUGGUCAAGGGCUUGACCGAGAAGUUCAUCACAAAGGGCUGGAGGAAUAUCAAGGCUAUCCACGUCAAAGGUGCAAGCACCAUGGCGAUGCCGAUCUGGCUUGCAAGUGAACUCUGGGUGGAUGAGAACGAUGUGUUGGAGAACAAUGCCGAAGAGACCAAGGCCAUCGAGGGUGGAAAGAAGCGCAAGUCGACAGGCGACGAAGAGAAGUUGUUGGAGGACAGCAAGAAGGCCAAGAAGUCCAAGGCCACUGAAGACGAUGACGAGGCUGCAUCUUUGGCUGCACGGAAACAGAAGCUCCAGCAGCAGAAGGAGAAGGCUUUGGAGGAUGGAAAGGCUUCGAUCAGCCAGAAUACUGGAAACGCAACAAAAGGCGGCAAGAAGAAGCGAAAGUCGACCACUUAA